CUCUGGAUGUAUGCACGGCUUGUGAUUUGCCCGAUCCUGCUGUCCGUGAGAGUGACUGACAGCCCUUGGAGGGGGGAAAGACCUUUUUUUUUUUUUCUUUUUUCUUUUUUCUUUUUUCCCUCCUCUCCUUCCUCCCCUCCUGCGUGUGCUGGACUUUUGAAGGGGGGCCUUGACGUGACGACUCGGAGUCGGAGAGAGGGGGGCGACACUUCUGAACGGAGGCGCAGCGGUGCAGGACAGCUCAGAAGAAGCAGAGAGGAAGAGGAGCCGUGCGGGAAGAGACGGGUGUCCCAUCCGUCUGCUAGCUGGAGGAAACGCGCACCAACAAAACCCCCUUAUGGCUGCUUGAGAAAUAACGAUACACCCCCCCUCCCCCUUUUUUCUCUCUUUCUCUGGGACUUUUUUUUUUUUUUUUUUUUUGGUUGGCUUAUUUUUUUUUUAUUUCAAAUAUUGGGGGCUCCUGACCACAAGUUGCCUGUUGCACAAAGUCUUAAGAUCAAGUCGCUCCAGGUGGCUGAGUGUAAAAAGUGAAUCCUUCCACUUUGCCGUGGACGUCUCUGGCGGUCAUGGAUACCCAUAUAAGAUGGAAAGUUAAACGGAGGAUAAGGGACGUCCAAGUCACUUUAGCGGUGAUUCUGCUUUUUGUCACAACGCAAGCAAGUUCAGCCGAACCAGCAGACCUCUUGAAGAUUUUAGAUUUUCCCAAUUUACCCGAGGGUGUUACGAAAACAACGGGUUUCUGCUCACAUAGGAGGUCAACACAAGGAGCCGAUGUCGCUUACAGAGUAUCCAAAGACGCCCAGCUCAGCGCCCCCACCAAACAGCUGUACCCAGGUGAUUCGUUCCCGGAGGACUUUUCCAUCUUGGCUACAGUGAAGCCGAAGAAGGGCAGCCAGUCCUUCCUGUUGUCUGUGUACAACGAACAGGGCAUCCAGCAGCUCGGACUGGAAGUGGGCCGCUCUCCCGUCUUCCUGUACGAGGACCACACAGGCAAACCCAGCCCCGAGGACUACCCCCUCUUCCGAGGAGUCAACCUAGCUGACGGAAAAUGGCAUCGAGUGGCCAUCAGUGUGCACAAGCAGACCAUCACCCUCAUUCUGGACUGUAAAAAGAAGACCGCCCAGAGGCUGCUCCGAAGCGCCAGCCCCAUCAUCGAUACCAAGGGAAUUGUAGUGUUUGGAACUAGAAUACUUGAUGAAGAAGUCUUUGAGGGAGACAUCCAGCAGCUAAUGAUUGUAGCAGACCAUCGUGCUGCCUAUGACUACUGUGAGCACUACAGCCCCGAUUGUGAAGUGCCAGCGCCCGACCAGCCUCAGAACCAGGACCCCAACACUGAUGAAUAUAACACGGAGGAGGACAGCUACUAUUAUGAAUACCCUUACUAUGAGGACACUGAUGGCAAGCCAUAUGCGUCACCUGACGCCGAGACAACCACAAAAGAAGAAGCCACGCUGCCGGAAGAAGACGGAGAUGUAAUUACCACAGUGAAGGAGGUUGUGGGCGCCGGCUCUACUGGCACAGUGGUGACCUCCAGCUCAUCCAGCUCAUCCAGCUCAUCCAGCUCAUCCUCUGGCGGAGUCGGCCAUGCUACACCCAGCUCAGCCGCCGGAGGAGACACCUACGGAGAGGAGGCCAGCCCUUACGACGGCUACGACGGCUACGGCAACUACGAGACCUACUACGAUGAGUCCACAGCAUCGCCGGACGGGGACACCACUCGUCGUGUCACCAUCACCAGCACCAGCAUCGGCUCCGAUGGAGAACUAGAUCUGGGAGCAGUGGGAAGGAUCGGGCUGGACGCAGGCACCGGAGGAAAGAUCAUCACCAGUGGAGGAGGAAGUUCGAUAACCAUCAAUAAGACAUCAGUUGGAGCUUCAACAUACGAUGACUACAGUGAUGGAUACGAUUACCAUUACACCGGUGGUGGAGGAGGCGGCAGCAGCUCCGUCCAUGUCAGUGGUGGUGGUGGAGGAGGCAGCAGCAGCAGCAGCUCCGUCCAUGUCGGCGGUGGUGGUGGAGGAGGCAGCAGCAGCAGCAGCAGCUCCGUCCAUGUCGGCGGUGGUGGAGGAGGCAGCAGCAGCAGUUCUACCAUCACCAUCGGUGGCGGGUCUGCCGGAGGUGGUUCUGUCUCAGUGGGAGGUGGUUCUGUCUCCGCUGGAGGCGGCUCUGUCUCAGCAGGAGGAUCUUCCACCGCUGGAGGUGGAUCGGCCAGCGCCGGCACCGGAGCAGGAGGAUCCAUCGCCACCGGAACAGACCUGGGCGUCGAAGGCGAGGGCGACUACAAAGGUUUAUUCAAGGAGGAGAACAUCGACGACUAUGGCGAUCUGGACAUCUACGACUCCUACACAGAUUACGAUGACCAAGAGGGCAAAUUACUGCCCGCUGAGACGCAGGAUUACUACGGACAGGUCGACGGUGCUCGCGGCGAGAAGGGACAGAAGGGAGAGCCGGCUGUUAUUGAGCCUGGAAUGCUGGUGGAGGGUCCGCCUGGGCCUGAGGGGCCAACAGGUCUCCCCGGACCCCCAGGCGCUUCUGGCCCACCAGGCAGCCCUGGAGAUCCUGGAGAGAGGGGUCCUCCGGGUCGUAGUGGUCUUCCUGGUGCUGAUGGUCUGCCAGGACCCCCAGGAACUGUCCUGAUGCUGCCUUUCAGAAUGAGCGCUGGAGGUGACUCCGGACAGAAGGGACCUGCUGUAUCAGCACAGGAGGCCCAGAUGCAAGCCAUCAUGCAGCAGGCCAGGCUCGCCAUGCGCGGCCCCACAGGUCCGAUGGGUUUGACUGGCAGGCCCGGCCCUCUGGGUCCUCCUGGUGUACCAGGACUGAAGGGAGAGUCUGGAGAAUCAGGCCCUCAGGGACCACGUGGUCCUCUGGGAUCCCAAGGCCCACCUGGAAAGCCUGGCAGAAGGGGUCGUCCUGGAUCUGACGGUGCCAGGGGCAUGCCAGGACAGUCUGGACCCAAGGGAGACCGAGGGUUUGAUGGUCUGGCCGGACUUCCUGGUGAAAAAGGACACAGAGGUGAACCUGGACCCUCCGGACCUCCUGGCGCUCCUGGAGAGGAUGGAGAGAGGGGAGAUGAUGGAGAGAUUGGACCCAGGGGACUUCCUGGUGAACCAGGGCCCCGCGGUUUGCUGGGACCAAAAGGACCUCAGGGACCUCCCGGACCCCCCGGCGUUACCGGAAUGGACGGCCACCCCGGACCCAAAGGAAACAUCGGACCUCAAGGAGAGCCAGGGCCUCCAGGACAGCAAGGCAACCCAGGUGCUCAGGGACUCCCGGGCCCCCAAGGAGCCAUCGGACCUCCAGGAGAGAAGGGACCAACCGGAAAGCCCGGUUUGCCAGGAAUGCCAGGAGCUGAUGGGCCUCCGGGUCACCCUGGAAAGGAAGGGCCUAAUGGAGAGAAAGGACACAUGGGCCCCGCUGGCCCUCAAGGACCCAUCGGUUAUCCUGGACCCCGAGGCGUGAAGGGAGCCGACGGUGUUCGCGGUCUUAAAGGAGGAAAGGGUGAAAAGGGAGAAGACGGCUUCCCCGGCUUCAAGGGAGACAUGGGUAUCAAGGGUGACAGGGGAGAGCUCGGACCAGCCGGACCCAGAGGAGAGGACGGUCCCGAAGGACCAAAGGGUCGCUCGGGUCUCCCAGGAGAUGCUGGUCCUCUUGGACCAAACGGGGAGAAGGGUAAACUUGGAGUUCCCGGAUUGCCAGGAUACCCAGGAAGACAAGGACCAAAGGGAUCUCAGGGUUUCCAAGGUUUCCCUGGCGCCAAUGGAGAGAAAGGAACUCGGGGAACGGCAGGAAAGCCUGGCCCACGCGGACAGCGAGGACCGACGGGCCCUCGAGGAGAGAGAGGACCGAGAGGACCAACAGGAAAAGCUGGACCUAAGGGUAACUCAGGGAACGACGGCCCACCAGGACCUCCAGGAGAGAGGGGUCUGCCAGGCCCUCAGGGACCAACUGGUUUCCCCGGACCAAAGGGCCCUCCUGGACCUGCAGGAAAAGACGGACUGCCUGGACAUCCUGGACAGAGAGGAGAGACUGGAUUCCAAGGCAAGACCGGCCCCCCUGGUCCUCCAGGUGUGGUCGGACCUCAGGGUCCAACAGGUGAGACUGGACCAAUGGGAGAUCGAGGCCACCCUGGACCCCCAGGCCCACCUGGUGAGCAAGGUCUACCCGGUGCUGCAGGGAAGGAAGGAGCCAAGGGUGACCCCGGACCCGCAGGCCCAGCAGGUAAAGACGGCCCUCCCGGUCCUCGAGGUUUCCCCGGAGAGAGAGGUCUGCCUGGCCCUGUGGGGGCUCACGGCCUGAAAGGGAAUGAGGGUCCUCACGGCCCACCUGGUCCCGCUGGUUCUCCUGGUGAGCGUGGUCCUGCAGGCCCAGCCGGACCUACAGGUCUUCCUGGACGUCCUGGCCCUCAAGGACCACCAGGCCCUGCUGGAGAGAAAGGUGGACCGGGAGAGAAAGGUCCUCAAGGCCCAGCCGGAAGAGACGGUAUUCAAGGACCUGUGGGUCUGCCAGGACCUGGAGGACCUCCCGGACCACCUGGAGAGGACGGAGACAAGGGAGAGAUCGGAGAGCCCGGCCAGAAAGGAAGCAAAGGUGACAAAGGAGAACAUGGUCCACCUGGUCCCACUGGCCCUCAAGGACCUGUAGGAGCACCCGGUCCCGCUGGUGCAGAUGGUGAGCCCGGUCCCAGAGGUCAGCAGGGUCUGUUUGGCCAGAAGGGAGAUGAAGGAUCAAGAGGAUUCCCUGGACCUCCAGGCCCAGUCGGGCUGCAGGGCUUGCCUGGUCCACCUGGUGAGAAAGGUGAAACCGGAGACGUUGGUCAAAUGGGUCCACCCGGUCCCCCUGGUCCCAGAGGCCCCUCAGGACCUCCAGGAGCAGAUGGCCCUCAGGGACCUCCUGGUGGUAUUGGAAACCCUGGUGCUGUCGGAGAAAAGGGAGAUGCUGGUGAAACAGGAGAGCCCGGUCUUCAGGGAGAAGUUGGACCACCUGGUCCAAGAGGAGAGCGAGGAGAAAAGGGAGAGUCCGGUCCUGCUGGUGCAGCUGGACCUCCUGGCCCUAAAGGUCCCCCUGGAGAUGAUGGUCCCAAAGGCAGCCCUGGUCCAAGUGGAUUCCCCGGUGACCCUGGUCCCCCUGGAGAGCCCGGUCCAGCUGGGUUAGACGGUCCACCUGGUGACAAGGGAGAUGACGGAGAGGCUGGUCAGGCCGGUUCCCCUGGACCCACUGGAGAGUCUGGUCCCUCCGGACCACCAGGAAAGAGAGGCCCCCCUGGAGCUCCAGGACCCGAGGGAAGACAAGGAGAGAAGGGAGCCAAGGGAGAGUCUGGGUUGGAAGGUCCCCAAGGAAAGACAGGUCCCGUUGGUCCUCAAGGAUCACCUGGCAAGCCCGGUUCUGAAGGCCUCAGGGGUAUCCCUGGCCCAGUUGGAGAGCAAGGCCUUCCUGGUGCUCCAGGCCCAGACGGACCUCCCGGACCUAUGGGUCCUCCUGGUUUGCCCGGCCUGAAAGGAGACUCUGGUGUCAAAGGAGAAAAGGGCCAUCCUGGUCUCAUCGGUCUUAUCGGACCCCCAGGCGAACAGGGAGAAAAGGGUGACCGAGGACUUCCUGGUCCCUCAGGAUCACACGGUCCCAAAGGAGACACUGGUAUUGCUGGUCCAUCAGGUCCUCUCGGUCCCCUCGGUCCUCCUGGAUUACCUGGUCCUCCUGGUCCCAAAGGAGCUAAAGGAUCAGCGGGUCAAACUGGACCAAAGGGAGAGACGGGUACACCCGGACCUCCUGGACCUCCUGGACCUCCCGGCGAUGUCAUCCACCCACUCCCCAUCCAGUCCUCCAUGAAGGGCAGAACUCGCAGAAACAUCGACGCCAGCCAGGUGAUGGACGACGCGGCCAUGGACGCCAACUACAAGGACUACGACGACGGCAUGGAGGAGAUCUUCGGCUCCCUCAACUCCCUCAAGCUGGAGAUCGAGCAGAUGAAGCACCCGCUGGGCACACAGGGCAACCCAGCUCGUACCUGCAAGGACCUGCAGCUCUGCCACCCUGAUUUCCCCGAUGGUGAAUACUGGAUUGAUCCGAACCAGGGCUGCUCCCGAGACUCCUUCAAGGUCUACUGCAACUUCACAGCGGGCGGCGAGAGCUGCAUAUUCCCAGAUAAGAAGUCUGAAGGGGCUAGGCUCACAUCCUGGGUAAAGGAGAAUCCCGGCUCCUGGUUCAGUGAAUUCAAACGUGGUAAACUGCUGUCCUACGUGGACGCGGAGGGCAACCCCAUCGGCGUGGUCCAGAUGACCUUCUUGCGGCUGCUGAGCGCGGCGGCCCGGCAGAACAUGACGUACAACUGCUACCAGUCGGUGGCCUGGCACGACCAGGAGCAGGACAGCUACGACAGGGCCAUCCGCUUCCUGGGCUCCAACGACGAGGAGAUGUCUUACGAUAACAACCCCUACAUCCGCGCCGUGGUCGACGGCUGUGCGUUGAAAAAGGGCUAUGAAAAGACAAUACUUGAGAUCAACACGCCAAAGGUGGAACAGGUGCCGUUUGUGGACAUCAUGUUCAACGACUUUGGCGGCUCCACGCAGAAGUUCGGGUUCGAAGUGGGCCCCGUCUGUUUCAUCGGCUAAAGACUGUUUAACUGAGCAAAACGGAGAAAGAAAAAAAAAGCAUAUAUUUGUUUUCUCAGAAAAGAAAAAAAACAAUUGAAAAACAAACAUAGGACAAUUCUAUUUGUAAAAAAAAAAAAAAAGUAUCUUUUUUUUUCCAUAAAGCAACAAGUAUGAGUUUAAAAGAAAAAAAAAAAAAAAAAAAAACGAGAAUCAAGUUGAGAAUACGGUGAAAUUCUUUAGGAAUAGAGGAAAAAAAGAUAACCUUGAAACCUCAGUGUGCCUUCUCCAUCACAUGCAAGUUUUGAAACUGGAUGUCGCAUCCUGCCUCCUACAACAGACUCGCACGCACACACAACUCCAGCCCACACUUGAUUUAGCCUGUUUUUUUUUUUUUUGGUUUACGACCCAAACAUCGAAGGCGACCCUGAGAGCUGCAGCCGCGUCCAGACGCUCGCAGCGUUUAUGCCAUGGACUCCAUCAGAUUUGGCUCUUUUUUCUUUUUCAUGUUUUCCUUCAUCUCUCCCUGGCUUUUUUUUUUUUUUUUUUUCUUUUCCUUUUGUUUGUUUUUUUUUUUUCCCACCUCUUUUGUUGGUUUAUUUGCUCAUUCACUACGGGAGCUUUGUUUGUGCAUAAUUGUCUCCCCAUUCUCUUUGGAAUGGAUCUUUAUAUAUAUAAAUAUAUAUAAAUAAUUUUUAUGUUUGUAAGUACAUUCUGUAUAUUUUUUUCUUCCUGGUAAUGUUUAUUGCUUCUGGCUUCAAAACAUGCAUGUGACGUUAUUGAUUUUUUGAGGUAGGAGAUGACGAAUACGGGGGAUAACAUCUAAAAUAAAAAAAAAUUGUAGAAAAAAGUGAGGAAAUCUGAACUUGUAAAUUGAAAAAAGGAAAAAGAAAAAAAAAAGAAAAUUGGGAAGUCCUGUCUUGUUGCAGUUUGUGGAGCACACCUUGUUGUAAUUUAAAAAAAAAAAAAAAAAAACGGAAUGGAAAUAAAAGACGAAAACAAGCUCUGUGAUAUUAUGUGACACUUUUGAUUUGCAUAAAAAAAUAAUAAUAAUACAUUCCUCCUUUUUUUUUUUUGUUUGUGCCCUCUGAACAGAAGACACCGACCCUUUUGGUGGCAAUAUCAUUAACUUAAUAAACAGCUUCUUGUUUUUUUUCUUCUUUUUGUUUCCUCCAAUACUCACCUAUCUGACUAUGCAACGGGAGAUGAUGUCACAUUUUAACGAAAAACACAAAGAAAUCGAAAAACCUAGGUGCUAUUUCCUCUCUUCUGUGGUGCUAUGUGUAUUUUUUUUUUCUAGUUGUUGUUGUUCGAAUGAAAGGAAACUGGGUGAGAAUUAUUCCAUCACCAGCAGCCCCUCGUCCUCCCACACUUCCACCCUCACCCCUUAACCGCCGCGUCCUGACGCGGGUGGAUCUUUGCUGCAGAUCCUGUUAUUGGUUUGUGUUUUUUUUUUUUUUUUCUCUCUCGAUGAUGUUCGGCGGUGGCGUCUUGCGUGCCGUUUCUCUUACAUAUCCCUCUCGACAGAUCAGUGCAAGCAUGGCGGCGUUAUGAUAUCUCCUGCUUCAGCGGACCGCGACAGAUAAGAGAAAAGAAAAAAAAACUUGUACCAAAAUUGUUGGAAGAGGAAAAAAAAGCUAAGAUGGUGCUGUUUUUUUUUUUUUGGUUUUUUUUUUCGCUUUUGCAUAUCAUUGCUCUUAAGAAUGCUGCAUUAUGGGCUCUCUUGUGCUGUUGGAUCAUCUGUUGUCACCACAUCGAAAAAAAAACUGACGGGAGAUCAGACGUGGGACAUGUUGUGUGAUUUUUUUGGGGGGCCAGAAAGCGUCCAAAGGAAUGAAAAGUAAAAAGAAAAGAAAAGUGUUGCUCGGUGUCUGAAAUCCUUCUGACAAAAAAGGAUUUCAUGAUUAUAUUUUAGCUUUAAGUGGCUUGAAAUGAUUUCUUCUUACAUGGGAAACAACUUGAAAAGUAUCUUCUUCUUGAUUUUACCGGCGGGUAGAAGGCAGGUCACCAAAAUCAGCCAGAUGAAAGAUUUUUGCUCGUGCAGUUUCAGAAAAAUGCUAUUUUUUUUUUUUUGCCCUUAUUGUAAUUAUGCUCUUUGUUCAAACUAUGCACUCUCUUUGCUUAUGACCACUAGUAUCUACCACAGAAUCUCUUUUUUUUUUUUUUUACAGCCCUUCAUACAUAGGUUUGUUUUGUUUCCUUUAUUAUUUUUUUUUUCUAAUCUUCAAAAUAUGUGACUUGAACCAUUUCUGUUAAGAUAUAUCAGUAUGCUUGUAGAUCUUCGGCUUUAUUAUUUUUUUUCCAUUGUGAUGCAGUACGCCCAAAUUUAACUUUAACUUUUUUUCGCUCUCGAUAAGAAAAGGACAAACACAUUUUUGUAAAUUUCCAGAAACCAGCAGUGAUGCUGCCAUUGUUUUUUUGUUUUUUUGGGGGGUUUUUUUUUGGUUUUAUUUUGUAGAUUUCCAUUUUGUCUGUCUUUGUUUUUAUUUUUAUUUUUUUGUCGCAGUCUUUUUGUCAAACCUGUGUAAGGAUAAGAGGAUAGAAGUUAUAUUGGUUUUUAUGUCAAUAAAUUCAAGUUUACUGUGGCCAUCCACUCUUGUAUGUCUUUUGAAGCAUUAAAACCUAUCUGUAUGCAUGAAAUUGUAAAGUUCUUUCUCUUGUUGUUAUGAUAUCUGUAGAGUGACAUGAUCUUCUCCACGUCCACCUCUCGAUUCAUCAGGAUACAUCCAGUUUUUUUUUUCCAGUGGUCAAAAAAAAAAAAAAAAAAAGAAAAAAA